AGUCGGCUGCCCGCUUGCCUCUCCACCACUCGAUUGAUCCGGGGCCUCGUCGCCUUGCCUUGUUCCUACCUCUUCACCUUUCCAUCCGUGCUCUCAGCGGCGCUACCUUCCACCUCAUUGCGCCUCCUUCUCGCUCCCCGCCCCCGACCAGCGCGCUCAUCAAUGUCAUGGUGGACACCGGCGUCUCACUGAGCGCCGCCAUGCCACCUCCUCCUCCAUCAUCAUCAUCAUCAAUGCUGUCCAGCACGUCCCAGCCUCCAUCUACACAGCAUCAUGGCGAUGCAACGGAAGAGGCUCGACGUCGCAAGCGCAAAGAACAGAAUCGACUCGCUCAGCGACGUCAUCGCGAGAAGGCUCGGCACGAGCUCAAGAAGCAGCGCAAUAGUGGCGGCGGCGUGGACUGCGCCAACGAUGGCAAUGCCAAUUCCGUCCGUCAUGUGAUGAUCGCUGCCUCUUCCAACUCAGCAGAACCGCAGGGACCUUCGCCCAUCUGUCUCGCUUCGCCCGAGCCCCUUUCACAGAACAACAUGACAGGCUCGUCGCAUCUGAACAACAUACCAAUGCCAUCUGUGGCUGGCACUGAUGGCGGCCUGCUGCUGGGCCCCGUCAGGCUGGGCUCGGGUGGCAUUGGUGUCACUCGCGACAAUCAUUCGAGCAUCGAUGUCCAGGAUGACAUAUAUCCGGGGAGCAGCCGCAAUGGCAGCACCAGCUCUACGUCCGACAUCAUGUCUGUCCAACAUCAACACCCGGUGACGAGCCUGCUCUCGGAUCUGCCCAGCGCAUCAUCAUCGGUUACGCAGCCUCUGACCGCGCAGCUACGCAAUCGAUUUGCAACCCACCAAGGCAUUGGCGCAGGAGACGAGGAAGCUAUGCGUAGCUUCGUCACCAUGACUGCUUUAGCCAUCCCGUGGGCCAAUCGCCUCCUCAAGCCGCGCUGGGACCUGAUGAAGGUCCUCCAACUAGCCACGCAGCGACUUGGUCUCACCUUCGACUACAUCGAGGAGGACUCUUCCAUCAGUUUCCUUGCCCUCGACUUUCAAAGCGCAUCGGGUGCGCGGAUGAUCGAAGCGGGCUCGCAAAAUGGCAGCGGACAAGGCACGUCGGCCCUUGCUCCUACACUAAGAUGGCACGUCGUGCCCGACAACAUGAAGCCUAGCACCCUUUCAAGCGCUGUACCCCACCAUCCCUUCGUCGACCUCUCUUUCCCCUGGCCUACAGUGCGCGACAAGAUCCUCACAGCGGCGACCUGCGGCAUCGUCAACGAGCAUGAUCUCUGCGUCGACAUCUGGCCGGGCGACAGCUACCAGGAGAGCGGGGCUGAGCCGCCUUAUUGGGUGCACGGCGACGAUGCAUUUGAUCCCGAGGCUUACGAGGUCAGCGAUCGAUUCGCAAGAAAGUACCCUUGGUUACUUGAUGCCUCGAUCAUUCGGCGUACCAACUGGUGGAGACGACAGCAAUCCAAAAACGAGCUGCCCCAGGAGAUUGUUCGCCUCUCGCAAUCCUUUGCCCCCCUCUUGUCUAAGCAGAUGUCACGACUACUCGCCUCAGGCGCCACGCUAUCCUCACCAGCCUCCACGUCGCUCCUCUCCUCCAUGGCUCCCUUGUCGCCCGCCGACUCCACGUUGGGGUCAUCGCGCUUCGCUUCCGUGAAGGACGAGCCCAUGCUCCGCUUGCAGGAAGCAGUGAGCGCAGCCGCUAUCCCAGCAGCUGCGGUCUCAGCGAUGACCAUGCCCAUGACUGCGUACACCCCCUGCUCGCCCGAUGAGGCGCAGAGCAUCCCCGCGGUAACGGUCAUGCCACACGUGCCCACGGUAGCUGCAGCGCCCUCUCGUCACCUCCAAGCUUCAACUCCCUUGCAACCCCACCAUCUUCAUCAGCCUGACCACCAUCACCACCACCACCACAUCUUUCCGAAUGACUCGAUGUCAUUCAUGUAGGCGGGCGCCAUGCCAGCGGCCGACUCAGACCGAUUCGAAACCAUCCUCUCCAGAACUAUAGGAACCCCAAUGAUCGCCACCAUAGCACCCCCUGUCACAGUCUCAGAUCGUCAAUCAUGUAUUCAUAGACAUCUAGCAAAUCUGAUUACCCGUUUUCUCUAC